CUCUUGCAAAUGCAAUUCACUCUGCCCCGUAUACUAACAUCUUCAGCUGAGUGUUGCUGAUCAACAAUCUCUCUCUCUCUCUCUCUCUCAGUGGUCAACUAAAUGCAGUUUGUUGCAGAAGUUUCAUAAAUCGUAAGCAAGAACAGUAGUCACUUCAACAAAUCCUCCGGUGAGAAUAAGAAUGACGAAUGAGUCGGACAAGAUCAGCCAGUUAUCGCGGCACAUAAUGGACCAAAUCCUGUCACGCUUGCCUAUUAAAGACGCAGUGAGGACUAGUAUUUUGUCGAGAAAGUGGCGGUACAAAUGGUCUUCUGUUCCACAACUUGUGUUUGAUGACCAAUGCACCAGCGCCACGGGAGUUCCUUCUCUUCAACCAUCUCCACAAGAAAACUUGGUGAAGAUAAUUGACAAGGUCCUCUUGCUUCAUAUUGGGUCGAUACAGAAGUUCAAGCUCUCUCACAAAGAAAUUUACGCCUCAAGUGACAUUGACCACUGGAUUCUUCAUCUAUCCAGAGUCUCCGUUAAUGAAAUCGUAAUUGACAUCUGGAAAGAGCAGAAUUACAAGAUUCCCACCUCCUUAUUCAAUUGCAAGGACUUGAUUCAUUUGGAACUCUUCAAAUGUGUAGUAAAAGUCCCAUCAACGUUUGAAGGAUUCAAGAACUUGGAAAGUUUGGAUCUUCAGCAUGUUGAACUGUCUCGAGACGGGCUUGAGGCUUUGAUUUCUCGCUGCCCCCUUCUAAAAAUUCUGAGGUUGAGCAACUUAGAGAGGUUUAAGCAAAUUACUGUUGAAGCUGGCAACCUUGAGUGGCUUGAAGUUGAAGGAGAUUUACAAGAUGUCACAUUCGGUGUUAUGAACCGUUUGGAGUCGGUCAUAAUAGGCUUCUCUGAUGAUAUUGCUAACAAAUGUGGACCCGGCGAUGCCAACUUGAGCAAUUUGCACAAACUCUUCCAAAGUCUGCCCAAACUUCAAAGUCUCAAGCUUGAAAAUUACUCACUGAAGUAUUUGGCAUUUGGGAAUGUUCCACAGACACCACCUAAUGAACUCGUUCAUUUGAAGUACCUCUUCACAUGUAUAGACUUCAAUAGUGUGGAGGAGAUUUUGACUGUUAUGUGCUUGAUUAGAAGCUCUCCUCAGUUGAAACAUGUAGGCUUUCAGAAUCGUGCCAAGGAUGAACAGACUACAAGGAUUGGGACAAUAGCUGACUUUUGGGAAGACCACCGUGUGUGUUGUCUAGAACAAUUACAAAUUGUAUCGAUGGUUGGGAUUUCCGGCAGUAAGCCAGAGCUGGAAUUGAUGAAGUUUCUACUUACUAGCUCGCCAAACCUACAAAAGAUGACAAUCCAGCCUAAUUCCACAAAUGGAGAAGGCAAGUUGCUCAGGGAAUUGGUACGGUACCGGCGAGCCUCAACUCAAGCAGAAGUGUUCUUUCUUUGAUCCUGUUGAUCCGGAAGCCAACCCCCCUUAAGAUUGAAUCACAAAUGGCAGUAACGGUCACCGCAAUUGUUUUGCUAUGCUACGUUGAACUUGAAUAUACUGAUAGACAGAUUUUUUUUUUUGUAUUACUAACAAUAAUGCAAAUCCUCUUCGUUCAUCUUGUGUUAGCCUCUCGUAAGGAGAUUCUCAUUCCAUGUAUAGUCAUUAAUGAAAGCAUCUGGUUGCUUUUCUUAUAGCACGGAUUGCCCUUCUGGCUUUGAUUGUAUGAGUCUUCACACUGAGUAAUGUAAUUCGUAGGUUAU